AGAAACCAGGGCCAAAGGUUACCCAGGAGGUGGCAGAGGAGCUUGCGUGGGACUGGCCACUCCAGGGAAAAGGAUGCUGCAGCUGAGCCUGCCCUGGCUGGGACUGGGGCCCCUGGUGGCCUCCCCGUGGCUACUCCUGCUGCUGCUGGCGGCCUCCUGGCUCCUGGCCCGCGCCCUGGCCUGGUCCUACAGAUUCUACGACACCUGCUGCCGCCUCCGAUGUUUCCCAGAGCCCCCACGGCGGAACUGGUUUCUGGGUCACCUGGGCCUGGUCACCCACAGUGAAGAGGGCAUGAGGGACUUCACUCGGCUGAUCACCACCUACCCCCAGGGGUUUAUGAUAUGGCAGGGCCCCAUCUACCCCCUCGUCGUUUUGUGCCACCCAGACAUGGUCCGGGCUGUCACCAGCGCCUCAGCCUCCAUCGUGCCCAAGGAUAGGGUCUUCUACAGAUUCCUGGAGCCCUGGCUGGGGGAUGGGCUACUGCUGAGUGCCGGUGACAAGUGGAGCAGCCAUCGCCAUCUGCUGACACCCGCCUUCCACUUUAACAUCCUCAAGCCCUACAUGAAGAUUUUCAAUGACAGCGUGAAUAUCAUGCACGCCAAGUGGCAGCGCCUGGCCUCGGAGGGCCACACCCGCCUGGACAUGUUUGAACACAUCAGCCUCAUGACCCUGGACAGUCUGCAGAAAUGUGUCUUCAGUUUUGACAGCAAUUGCCAGGAGAGGUCCAGUGAAUACAUCGCCGCCAUCUUGGAGCUCAGUGCCCUCGUGACCAAACGGCAUGAUCAGCUCUACCAGCAUGUGGACUUCCUAUACCACCUCACCCGUGAGGGACAGCGCUUCCGUCAGGCCUGCCGCCUGGUGCACGGCUUCACAGACGCUGUCAUCCAGGAGCGGCGCCGCACCCUCCCCGAUCAGGAUGUUGAUGACUUUCUGCAAGCCAAGGCUAAGACCAAGACUUUGGAUUUCAUCGAUGUGCUCCUGCUGACCAAGGAUGAAGAUGGGAAGAGGUUAUCAGACGAGGACAUCCGAGCCGAGGCUGAUACCUUCAUGUUUGAGGGCCAUGACACCACAGCCAGCGGCCUCUCCUGGGCCCUGUACAACCUGGCAAGGCACCCGGAAUACCAGGAGCGCUGCCGGCAGGAGGUGCAACAGCUCCUGGGGGACCGGGAGCCUCAAGAGAUCCAGUGGGACGACCUGGCCCAGCUGCCCUUCCUGACCAUGUGCAUCAAGGAGAGUCUGCGCUUGCACCCCCCAGUCACGAUGAUCUCCCGCAGCUGUACCCAGGACAUUACGCUCCCUGAUGGCAGGGUCAUCCCCAAAGGUGUUAUCUGCGCUAUCAGUAUUUUUGGGACCCAUCACAACCCAUCCGUGUGGCCGGACCCUGAGGUCUAUAACCCCUUCCGCUUCGACCCGGAAACCGCCCCGAAGAGGUCACCUCUGGCUUUCAUUCCCUUCUCGGCCGGGCCCAGGGUCCCAGGAAAAACACUGUGCUGUCACCGCUGCCCCGUCUCUGAGCCCGCGACCCUGACUGCCUCUCCAGCCCAGCCCAGCCCAGGUCCCCACGCUGAUUGCGGGCUCUCCUCGGGCCCAAGCAAGGACUCUGUAGUGCCGGUAAUGGGGAACCAUGGCAGCUGUUUGAGCAGGAGGGGGCCAGUGCUAAAGGAGGACUUAAGGGGCGAGGUUGAGGUUCUGAAUCACGGAGAACACAGGAGGCAGAUUCACUCCUCUGAGCCGCGGAUGCCUCCCGAAACAGCGACCCCUGGCCAGCCCAGAACACAGAGGAGCAUAUCUAGCAUCCUCUCCAGGACUCAACUUCCCUUCCUUCCCUUGUCAACAGCGCCAACCCUGUGCCUGCAACCUCCCCUCCCCCACAGUCUGUCUCUCUGGUGACCUUCUGACCUACCCUUUAGGAAGUCUCUCUCUUUCCUUCUCUGGACCCUUUGAUGCUGCCAAGCAGCUGUCCAACAGAAACUGGAUGAGCCCCGCACUGUGUACCAGGAACUCUCACAAGAGUAUGUUUAGAGUGUGUGUGUGUGUGUGUGUGUGUGUGUGUGUGUGUGUGUGUCUGACCUUUCACCUCCAAGUCCCUCCUCCUUGAUUCUCCUCGCAGGCCACCCCUGACCCGGCUGUGGAUGGAGUAGUGGGGAGGCCGGGGUGAGGACCAUCCCUUGACUCUUGAAAUUCAAAGCCAGACCAUUGGAAACAAAAAUCAGGCCCAAGAGUAUGAAUUUCAGUCAGACUGCUUGGGUUUAAGUCUCAGCUCUGCUGCCUGACUUGGGCAAGUCAGUCCCCUCCUUGUGCCCUGGCUUCCUCAACUAUGCAAAGGAGACAACAGCAGUAUGUACCUCAGGGUGGUCUCAAGGACCACGUGUGCUUGUCACACAGUAAAUGCUCAAUAAAUGUUGCCAUUAUUACUUUUCCUCUCAGAAACCUGGCUCUUUUUAUUUUUUUUAAUUUUAUUUUAAAAUUACAAUGGCCAUUCAAUAUUAUUUUGCAUUAGUUUCAGGUGUACAGCAUAUUGGUUAGGCAAUCAUAUACUUUACAAAGUGAUCCUCCAAUAUUUCAAUUACCUGCCUAACACCAUACAUAGUUAUUACAAUGUUAUACUCCCUGGGCUCUGCUUUACAUCCCUGUGGCUAUUUUGUAACUACCUACUUGUACUUAAUUGCUCCAAAGUUUUCACCCAAAUCCCAACCCCCCUCCUUCUUGCAACCAUCAGUCUGU